CGCUGAAGAAAACAAUGUCGACGCCCUUCAACAUUCCCUUCCAUUCCUCUCAGUCCGUCCCGCUAUGCCUGGCUCCAUAGUGCUAUCCUACCUCGAUAUUUCAGGACAGUGGAUGACUGCAGUGGCCCAAGCAGAUGGACUGCAGGCCAAGCAUUGUCCGAACGAAAUGCUGCACAGUCAGAACUCGGAACCGUGCAUCUCCAAUUCUUGGCCAACCCCGAAAAGUAAUCCAACCAAUAGAAGCCCCUGAUGUCUGUGAAAUUAAGACGA